AUGUCCACACCCGUCGAGACCAGCUCGUCCGGCGAGUCGACCCUGGCCGACCGCAACCUCGCUGACCGAUCCGCGUCUGCUUCGCCAUCGCGGGCCAAGACGUACAAGCGACACCCCCACGACCCAGAGUACUACGAUGCGGAUGCAGCAGAGGCAGAGCGGGAGAUGCGCGAUUGGGGCGGCGACGCGCCGGACCUGCCUCGAAUUCCGGGAGUUCACUCUCCUCACCCCGCCGACAAGCUCGACAAAAGCCGCCAGCCUCACCGCGCUCCCGACUACCGCAUGCCGACGACGAGGCGAGGAAGUAUCGGUGCGGCGGGUUCGACGAGGCCAACGGGGCGGACGAGGAGCAGGAGUCAGACGGCAUGGAGCGAGAACGGCUUCCCCGAGCUGCACCUGGUCGAUACGGCUUUCUCGGAUGCGCACCGACAGCUGAGUCGGAUGUCGAGGGCCCGUUCGCGCGGCACGUCGAUCGGCACUACAACACAGGACGGUGGCGACGAGGAUGAGCAGCAGGACGAGCAGGAGAAGGACCCGAACAAGGUUGAGUGGGAAGAGGAGGAUCCGCUCAACCCGCAAAAUUGGAGCGACAAGAAGAAGUGGGCGAUUACGAUCCUCUGCGCGCAGGCGACACUCGUCGUCACCUUUGCCUCGAGUUCGCCGUCGAGCGCGACUCAGCAAAUCGCACAGGACUUUGGCUCGUCGCUCGAGGUCGCGGAUCUCACGACUUCGCUUUUCCUCGCGGGCUACUGCUUGGGUCCCAUCGUCUGGGCUCCAAUGUCGGAAAUGGUCGGCCGCCGCCCCGUCUUCGUCGUCUCGCUCGCCAUCUUCGGUCUCUUCCAGAUCGGGGACGCCCUCGCACAGAACAUCUGGACGAUAAUCAUCAUCCGCUUCCUUGCCGCCUGCUUCGCCUCAUCGCCUCUCACGAACGCAGGAGGAGUCAUCGCCGACAUCUGGGAUCCGAUGGGUCGAGGCAAGGCAAUGGCCCUUUUCUCGGCCAGCGUCUUCGUCGGACCUGUCCUCGGCCCCAUCAUCGGCGGGUUCACCGUGAUGAACCAGUCGCUGCGGUGGAGGUGGAUCUUUGCCUUCAUCGGCUUCUGGUCGGCGGCGAGCUGGAUCCUCAUCGCGGUUUUCCUCCCCGAAACGUACCACCCGAAGCUGCUCGCUCAGCGCGCGAAGCGUCUGCGCAAGGAGGACCCGGACAAGCACGGCGACAAGUACGCCGAACUCGAGAAGGCAGAUUUCUCGAUCCGAUCUAUCGUGACUCGCACGCUCGCGCGUCCAGCAAUCAUGCUGGUCGUUGAGCCCAUCGUCUUGACCGUAACCAUCUACCUUUCAGUCGUCUAUGGACUCCUCUACGGCCUCUUCUCCGUCUUUCCCAUCAUCUGGGGCGAGCUACGGGGAUUCAAUCCCGGCGAGACAGGUCUCGUAUUCAUCGCCGUUGGCCUCGGAACGACCAUGGGUGCCCUCAUCUUUGUCUGGACUCAGCGACACUACCGCGAACUCAUUCCUAAGUGGCAUGGACACCCGCCGCCCGAGGAGCGUUUGUACGGCGCCAUGCUCGCUGGUCCUUUCCUGAUCAUCGGUAUCUUCUGGCUCGGAUGGACUGGAAACUACCCGUCCAUCCACUGGGCUGUUCCCGCCGCGUCCGCCAUCCUCAUCGGCAUGUCGUUCACGCUCGUCUUCAUUUCAUUCCUGACGUACCUCGUUGAGGUGUACUUGAUGUACUCAGCCUCUGCGCUGGCUGGCAACACCAUUAUUCGUUCUGCUACCGCCGUCGCCUUCCCGCUCUUCGUCCGCCAGAUGUUCGCCGCCCUCGGAGUCGGCUGGGCCUGCUCCGUCUUCGGCUUCGUCGCCCUCGCCAUCAGCCCUUCGCCCUUCCUCUUCUACAAGUACGGCUGGAAGCUGCGCCAACACUCGCGCUUUGCUCCAUGCCUCGACGUCGGGUUGCGCGAGCAGGUCAAGCGCGAGGAGCAGGAGCGGCAGGAGAAGGAGAAGAACGGAGGCGCGGAGGCUGUCUAG